AUGUCGGUCGCGUCCAAGCGGGCGCUCGAAUACCUCGAGGGGCAGCCUGGCAUCAUCUUCAACAGGCUGUACAAGCAGCCCUCGACGGCCUUGGCCAUCUUCCGUCGCAUGUUGCCGCAUCUGGCCAAGAAUCUGGUCAUGGCUAUGCUCUUCAUGCCCACGCCCUUCGCCGUAUCCGACUUUGAAUCCUGGGUCAAGCCAGACGUCGACAGUGUGCGCGCAAGCGGCUUCUCCGUAAACAUCCUUACCCGACUAAAGGUCCUCGAAGAGACUCGCAACGACCAAAACAGACCCGCAUACCAGCUCAACAAGGCCUUCCAAAAGUCUUUGCGACUGGCCCUCACUGGUGGAGGCGACCAUCGCUCUUUCGGUGUUCCGUCAAGCACUCCGGACAAGAACGAAGUGACCAUCGACUUCCUCGACACAUAUGCUCGCCAGCAAUGGGAAAGCAUCUUAUAUUACGUCGUCGGUAGUGCAGGCCAAGGCCUGGGUGGUGCAGUCAACAUCACAGCUGGGACAAAAGAGUUGUUGGAGAGUGGUGGCUUCGUUAGCAGCAAAGGCAGAAACGCAUACAUCACCCGCGACGGCUUCUCUUUCCUACUACAAGAGACCAACGCUCAGAUCUGGACACUACUCAUCGAGUAUCUGAAGCUAUCAGAAAAGCUUCAGAUGGACGCUGUUGAUGUUUUGAGUUUCCUCUUCACCCUGGGUUCGCUCGAACUAGGCGUCUCAUACACAACCGAAAACCUGACUCCGACACAAGCACACAUGCUGGAGGAUCUAUCCGACUUUGGUGUCAUCUAUCGUCGCGCGUCUGACACUACACGCUACUAUCCUACACGGCUAGCCACUACCUUGACAUCCGAUUCGCCUGCUCUGCUAAACACUUCUAUGGCAGCUGCUUCACUCGGAAUCACUCCAACAGGCGGAAACAUGGUUGCCCCUCAAGAGACAGAAAAGGGCUACAUUAUCGUCGAGACCAACUACCGCAUCUACGCCUACACAUCCUCACCACUCAACAUAUCCAUCCUAUCCCUCUUCGCCAAUCUCAAAACCCGCUUUCCAAACAUGCUGACAGCAACACUCACAAAAUCCUCCAUCCAGCAGGCUAUUGCUGCAGGCAUCACUGCCGAUCAAAUCAUUACAUAUUUAACGACUCACGCCCAUCCCAUCCUCCGCAAAUCAACGCCAAUCCUGCCUCCGACAGUGGUGGAUCAAGUCCGUCUGUGGCAGCUGGAGAACGAGCGUAUGAAAGCUACACCCGGAUAUCUAAUCCGAGAUGUGGGGACUCAAGAAGAGUACCUCAAGGCUGUACAGCAUGCUGACACUAUUGGUGUCUUGACGUGGCAGAACGACGCAAAAGGCAUGUUCUUUGUCACUAAGUUCGAUCAGAUGGCGCAAUAUUUCAAAGCCAUUGCUCGAAGAAGGAGAGAAGAUGAAGGAGGUGCUGGGGAUGCCACGCCGCGGUAG